AGAAGAUACAGCCAUAUGCAAUAGCAGUAGCCAUGUGUUUUUGUGCAUUUGCAGAUAACAUCAUCGUGCACAAUUAAAUAGCUGUGGCCGGGGAAUAAAGUAUUCUAAGAGAAAGGAUAUUUGGUGGUUCUACAUCGACCAGAAUUGUGAAAACAUUUAUUGCAAGGGUUCUGACUAAUCAUGCCAGUUUUGCUUAAAUACUUGUUUGGAGUAUUGUUCAUGUUUAUUCUGGAUAUGAAACUCCACGCAUUUGUGUCUGCUACCUGUGCUUCAAAAAACGCAACCAUCCUAGAUUUUCUCGACAAACGACUGGCUGGUAGACCACUUGUCGGCGACGAAAGCGCUAUUUGCGAUUACUAUCUAACAGAAAAAUGGUAUUCCAUGUAUAAUUACACAUUGGCGUCCACCCCUGACAGAUGUGGCACAGAAUAUAACUGGUACAGAAAGGGUUCGCUGCCAACGAAGAAAAAUGUUGAAGAAGCUUUGGAAAUGUGCAGGAACGGCAUAAGCGGCAAUUGUGAUCAACAAAUGAACACAAAAGCAAUGCUUUGUGACGAUGGCUCUUACAUAUUUUUCCUCCCAUACGUUUUUGGAUGUCCAGAAGCAUACUGCAUUGAGGACCGAGACGAUGAACAACAGCAAGGAAUCGAACAACCACCUAAUAUCGAUGGAAUGAAAAAACCUGUUUUGGAGAUAGCUGCUGUUCUUCUCCCAAACAGUCGCAGUCAGCUAGAGUUUUAUUGUGAUGUCUCUACUUCCUCCGACACGUCACUAUUCUACACGGCUACGUACGUGCUAACUACGGGAACAAGCGUAACAGACGAAUUGUUCGUGUCCCGACGUGCACAAUUCAAGAACACGAGACAAUUUAGAGAGAUGGUAAAAAUGACCGAGGAAGAUCUGCAACAUAAGAUUCUGCGACCUUUGGGGAUUACGAUGGCAUGUUUUAUCCAAGCAAGUAACACAGCUACCUCACCCAAUAAAACCUUGAGCAAACAAAAAGACAGCGACUUCAAAUAUAUUGGAAUAAAGUGCUUAAAUAAAUCGGUGACGAUUGGCAAAGGUGAUACAGUUAAACUAUAUUUCGAAUCAACAGUACCAUUUGGGUGUCCACGGGGUGGUUCAACAUGUCAAUUACCUAUUGAGCUUUUCGACCCAACGCCAUCAGAAUGCCACUUUCCACAGCCUGUUCAAACGAUGACAACUUUGAUAGAGGAUCCUCGGGAAGCUAGCAGAAGGCCUACUUGCGGACUAAUGAUUUCCAACAAAAUGAAAGAGGCCAAUUCCGUUUUGUUAAAAAGCUUACCCGGUCAUAACAGAAACAAAAGAGGGACUCCAUACUCUGUACACGUUCUUUACUUCCGAACAAUUAGCAGUUUUCCAAGCCAUCCACUCUUUGAACGGUAUCAAAUUGAACCAGUAUCGGUCACUAUAAAUGACACCAAACCAGACCUGCUUAACAAGCAAUGUGGAUCCUAUGCAGACCCAAGAAUCGCCACAUUUGACGGAAGGGGUUACAGUCUUCGAGCUGAAGGUACCUAUAUCCUGUAUAAAAGUACAAGUUUGCAACAAGAGAUUCAGACGAAAACGAUUUCAUGCACAGCAAGCGGAACCGCCUUCUGUAACUGCGGGGUUGCUGUUCGCGCCGGAAGAGAUCUUUAUGUCAUAGACUUAUGUGACAAAAAAGAACCUGGAAGUUUUCGUGAAUGCGAACAUGGAAUCUUAAUCAAAGAGUAUUCUCAAAAUGGACACACAAAGAUGAAAUUACCGUCUGGGACUGAAGUGGACAUCUAUGUGAAAAGCAAGAAAUACUUUGACGUCUAUGUCCAUCCAUCGGCUGAGGAUUAUCAACAUACUGAAGGACUUUGUGGAAAUUUUGAUGGUAACCCUAAUAACGAUGAAAGUGGAAGCACUAUUAUCAAUUGGCGCGUUGAUGGUGGACAUCGGCUGAGCUUAUUCGAUGAAAGAAACGACAAACAGUUAAGCGAAUGGAGAAAAUCACGGUACCUAUGUAGAUGUCCCACUGUCAAAUCACAAAACAUAGACAAGAAAAUAGAAUGCCACGCAGACACACAGAAAGUAUGUGAAACUAAAUAUGAUGCCAAACAUUCACAUCGGAGAUGUUCUUCUCAAAGGAAAAGAACAAAGCGCGAUGGAACGAAACAUUUUAAAAUGGUGUACGAUUUCUACAAAAGUCCGAAAACAGCAUUUGUCUCUCAUCGAGGCAGUUUACCGGAGCCUGAAAUUUUAUCAAAGAGAUCGGUGGAUAAAGUUUACACCAAGGAAACCGCUUACACUGAGUGCAUGGAAGUGUUAAAUACCACCGCUUAUCAGAUGUGCAGCCAAAUACCAGGACUAAAUUUCUCUUCCUUUAUUGAGCACUGCGUCCUAGAUGCCAUUGAUUCAAAUAGUAUGUUCUGGGCACAAAGUCAUUUAGAGGGAAUAAAAUCAAAAUGUGUUUAUGAAGUAAAAGCUGAACAGCCACCUCCGCCAGAAGCAUUCGAAGGAAUGACUUUUAAUGUUAACGGAACAACGAUAACGUUUGAAAAUGACACGAAGCCCAAUAUUACAUUUCUGAGAGCAGAAACUGUUCCUGAACUCAGCGAAGAAAAUCUAAAAGCUAUUGAGAAUAUUGUUUGUCAAAAUGAAUGCAGCGGGAACGGCAAAUGUGAAAAUGGUACGUGUGAAUGUUAUGCGCCUUUCAUUGGUACCGAUUGCUCGAUAGACUCAUCUGCACCUCCGGAAAUGUUGGGAAUACCGGACGAAGGUCUUUGUGAUUUACAGCAAAGGCCGUGCAAUAUUAUUUACGUCCUGGCAGAUGACUUUGUUGACACUGAAAACUUGACGUGUAAACUCACAACCUUUACGGUUACUCCAGACAGUAUUACAUAUGGGGAUAUCGUUUACGUUAGAGCACAGAUUGGUGGCUUCUUUGAAGUGUCAUGUUCAAUAGCAAAACACCGAAAAAAGCGCUCCACUAUUUCACCAAAUUUGUUUCCAAAUGACGUCAUAGCAACUGGUUACCUUGUUGGCAUAAGCAAUACAAAUGAAACUGACAGUUACAGCGAAGAGGAUUCUGUUGUUAAUUUCGAUACGGACUGUGUUCAAUGUUCGAAGAUAAACGGAACAGUUUCAUGUGAAACACUGCCUGGAUUUUGCGUCAGUGACGGACGAUGCUACGAGGUUAAUGAGACACACCAGUGUUUAAAGUGCUCAAUGAAUUCAGAUGAAACGUUUUCCUGGCAGCCAGGGUGCGAAAACAACACUGCAACUCUCAAACCGGGUAUAGAGACGGUUCCGACUACUGGUGACGACACAUGGCUGAUACUAGCUAUUGUUAGUUCCGUCAUUGGCGUGCUGAUAUUGGUUGUCGGGGCAGUCGUCGUGAAAAGGUGUAAGAAACGGAAGGAAAUGAGUCUAAACACUCGGAGUAAAAAUGCCCAAGUUGGAGACGUUAUUCCCAUGGGGUGAAUUUAGGAAGACUAGUAUUCCCGCGGGUUGACUUAAGUAGACUAAAUCCCUUUGGUGAAAUUAAAUAGACUUGUUGUCCAUUGGGUGAAUUGAAGUAUACCAGUUUUACUUUUUUCCAGAGAACUUCGAGUGACUUUCAAAACGUUGAAAAGCGUAUAAAAACGAUUCACGAAUUAAAGGAAAUAAACAUAUUUGUUAUAUAUUGUAUUCACUUAUAUUGUUGUUUACUUUGUUUGUUUGAUUUUAUAGAUUUGCAUGCUAUGUAUGGUAUACGCCAUGUUUUAUUUUGGUAUAAACUUUUACAACUUUAGCUAUGUUUGAUUUGUGCUUUUUGAUGUAAGCACGCCCGUUGAUGUAAUACUAGUAUAAAAACAGUAAUAAUGAUUGUAUAUAUUUAAUAAUAAACUUUUUUGUUCACUAAAAUAAUUAAAUGAGUGUCUGUUUCACAUAGAAACAAUGAUUUUUGUGGUAUGUUAGUCGCUUAAAUGUUAACAAAAAAGGUUUUAAAAUGUGUCGAUCUUCAUUACGAUACAUAUGGCAUGUAAUGUUUUAAAAGAAUAAUCGAAAUUAUUUUUAAUAGAAAUUUUACACUCUAAAUAAAGAAAUGAAUUGAAAAAGAGAAAAUCUUUCCUAGUCUCGAGAUUUGACUGUUAUUUCAGUUUUUUUGACAAUUAAUCGUUCAUGAAAUGUUUUAUAUAGUUGAGAUCAUUAAAUAUCUCACUCCUCUUAGUUCAAUUUUUAUUAUUAAAUUGUUAUUACUCAUAAAUAUAUGUAUACGUUACAACUCUUUCUUGAACAAUUUGUAUUACUCAUCUGCUAGUCAGAGUAGGAGGUCGAUAAAAAGGAUAACUUUGAUCAAUGUAUGUUAACCUGACCUGUGAGAAAUAAAAUAAACAGUUGUAUGUCAACAAUGCAAAGUGGCCUUUAAGGCUUUAAAAAAUAAUAUUGUGUAAAUAUUGCAUUAAAAAAGGAAAAACAAUGCUCUUUUUUGUUCAUGAUUAUCGUGUUUACCUGUUCUAAUUAUAGCAUUUCAUAUAAAUUAUUCACUUUUGAUUUACAAAAGUUUGGUUACAUGCCCGUUUUAUAAUUUGAGUAAGCUUUAUACGUUAUAUGUGCAUGUUUACUUUUUUAGAAGAUGUAUGUUCAAUACAUAAAUUUUGAUGUAAUAUUUAUUAUCCGUUUGAUAUUAUUUUUCACUUUGAAUUUAAGAAAGAUAUUAUUUAAUCUUUUAAAAAGUUAAAUCAAAAUUUCAACUCAUUUAUGCCUUCAAUUGUUUAAAAAUGCUUGGAUUUCUAACGUGUUUCACUCGUGGUGUUUAAAUUAUGCAAUUAUGUUAUUUUUGAAAUCAAUUACAAUUGCUGUAAAUACCGUUUCAUUCUAUUCUUAUCGUAUUGCUUAUGUUCAUCACAAUGCACACGUUAUACUCCAUGACAACGAACGAUUGUUUGUUAUGCAUGUAUAUAUGCUAAUGUAUAAUUUGCAUUUAUUUAUUUGUAUCAAAAUAUAUGCUUAAACAUUCGUCACAUAUUUAUUCAUAUCCCCACCAUAAAAAAAAACAUCAAUAUCAUUACAAUUUUAAUGUAACUACAUUUUACAUGAAUGUAAUGUGUGGUUUUGAGUUGCUAAAGUAACUAAAACGUGUCUCAUCCCAUUAAUCUAUUCCAAGUUGCUAUGUACGUUUUAACAACAGCCUUUAUUGUAUGUUUAUGUGCCUUAAUUGAACCCGGUCUAAAC